AUGCGUUGGUCAUCAUACGCGGCCGUCUUGGGCCUGACCAGCAGCCGCGCACUCGCCGGUUGUCCCUAUGCUGCACGGCAGCAGUCGAGCUCGGAAUCUGCCUCGAUCAACCCUCACGUUGCGGCGGCUGACAAGUCGGGAAUCUUCUACAUGAACCGGAUCGCACCCGGCGCAUCACAAUUGUACAUCGCCAAUGCCGAUGGCAGUGAUGCCACCCCCCUCAUGUCCAACCAGACUUGGACCAUGGACUACCGUCCUUCUUGGUCCCCGGAUGGCAACUGGAUUGUCUUCACCAGCGAGCGUCGUGGCGAUGGCCAGUCUGACAUUUAUCGCAUCAAGGUCGACGGUACAGGAUUGGAAACUCUUGUAGCGACUGACUCCUUUGAAGACUCGGGUGCCUUGUCUCCCGACGGAACCAAACUUGCCUAUGUGUCGACGCAAGGCAACCUUACAGCCAAUAUCUGGGUCAAGGAUCUUUCGACAGGCGAAGCUCAGAACCUCACCGACACUGAAGCGACUCGACCAAGCAAAGAUAGCCCCCAGGGACACUACCGUCCCACCUGGUCGCCCGAUGGCGAGUGGAUUGCUUUCAGCUCCGAUCGUAACACGGAGUGGACCGGCCACGGUGAGGGAACAGGCUGGGAGCACACACAGACGUUGUCGAUCUAUGUGGUCCGUCCCGAUGGGUCGGACCUGCGUCAAGUAGUCAGCGAAGAUGGCUACUCGCUCGGUACCCCUACAUGGUCUCUAGAUGGAUCCCGUAUCCUGUUCAACAGAGUGUCUCGUGAGGACACCUACGCUUCGCAUGGUACCGCGUAUCAGUACGGAGAAGUCUCUGGUCAGAUCCUCAGUGUUGAUGUUGCCAGUGGAACUGAUGUUGUCAACCACACCUCUGGAGACUACCUCAAGCUCUUCCAGCACUACAUUGGCAACAGCAGCAACAUUGGAUACGUGAUCAAGGGCGGCGAGAGUGAGGGUAUCAACUACACUGAGCCUGACGCUACGCACACAGCAUUCAACCUGACCUAUCUGCGUGACCCCUCAUGGUCGCCCGAUGGCUCCAAGGUCGUAUAUGAGGUCGUGUCGUGGGACCAGCGUGCCGGUGGCAGAGAACUUUUCAGCUGGGACAGCGAAUGGGACUACCGCUUCAUGGACGUGUUCCCAAUGCUCAACAAUGCGACUGGCCGCAUCGCCCUUACGCAGAAGCAGCUCGGUAAUAGCUCUGUCGUCACGUCGUCCACUGGAUACACGGACCUCGUGACUGCCUUUGAUGUGAAUGAUGUGUGGGAGACGGACAAUGCAACCGAGGCCAGCUACCUCUCCCAGGGCCUCGGUGGAGCUUUCCAGCCAACCUUUUCGCCUGAUGGCUCCGAGAUUGCCGUUGGUAUGGGUACAUGGUUCUUUGACCGCAACGCCGAAACAGGCACCAUCUACCGCGCCAAUGCCAGCGGAGACGGCUUCGUGGACCUGACGGAGACGCCUGGCGAGCUCAACGCAGGUUUCCCGUCCUGGUCGCCAGACGGCACGCGCAUCGUUUACCGGCUCUGGAACCGAACCAGUGCCGCGCCUCUGGGCCUACGCAUGCUCAACCUGACCUCGGGCGAGACGAGCGUGCUGACCGAGGGCUGGGACAACACCCCCGGCUGGUCGCCCGACGGCGAGCUCAUUGUGUUCACGCGCCAGGUCAACUGGACAUGGGAGUACGGCGCACGCUGGUACGAUGACCGCUUCGACAUCAUGACCAUCCGGCCCGACGGCACCGACCUGAAGCAGCUCACUGACAGCCCAGCCAAUGACGCCCACGCUGUGUGGUCGUACGACGGCCGCAUCAUGUGGUCCACGGGCAUGUACGGCUUCCGCGACGAGUCUGUUCUCUUUGACAAUACCUUCCAGCCCUACGGUCAAAUCAUGGUCAUGAAUGCCGACGGAUCGGAUAAGCGGUUGGUGACGGAUAGUUUGUGGGAGGACUCGAUGCCGAUGUAUGUCCCGAACGAGUACCUUUGA